AUGGAGACCAUUUCAUAUCCUUGUUCUCCUCUUCUCUUCUUUCCUACACAUGAAGAGAGUAGCUAUUCACUAUGGUCUCCUCAACUCACCCUCCAUGAGAAUGCCACCAUACCUGCUGAUCCUUCUCCUGAUGUAAGAGAAGAUUGUGAGUUCUUUGACACCAUUGCUAUUGAUUCUAGUGAUUCCCAUGACCAACAUGCCUUUGAUGUUGAUGUGUUCACCCAUUGUGAUGAGAGGUUUCUGUGCCAAGAGAGUGCUAACUUGGCAGCUAUCCAAGAUGAGCUCAUGGAGGAGAACAGUUUGAGUGAUCUCCUUCUCACUGGUGCAGAUGCGGUUGAGGCUGGGGAUUCAAGCCUUGCCUUGGCAGUGCUUUCAAAACUUAAUGGUCUCCUCGCUGGCACCUGUGAGAAUGCUGCAACCAGCUCUUUCGGUCGCCUGGCCUACCACUUUGCCCAAGGUCUGCAAUCCCGGAUGUCUGGUGCAUGCUCUCCAUGCUACCCGCCAGAUCCAGUGCAGUCUGGUAUCAUGUCGGGGAACCAGAUGAUCCAAGAGCUGUCGCCAUAUGUCAAGUUUGCACACUUCACCGCCAAUCAGGCCAUUCUAGAUGCCACCAUAGGCGACAUGGAUAUUCAUGUCGUCGACUUCAACCUUGGUGAGGGCAUACAAUGGCCAUCGCUCAUGUCAGACCUUGCUCGCCUUGGCGGCAAGUCAUUCCACCUUACAGCAAUCAUAACAGAUGCUGUUUACAGUGACGACACUCAUCAAGCAGCUGCGCGGCGGCUUUCGGAGUUUGCCGAGUCCUUAAACCUUCCUUUCCAGUACAACUCUCUCUGCAUACACCAUGAGGAGGACCUGGACGACUUCUCCAGGAACUGUGGAGGCUCAGUGGUUGUCUCAUGUGACACAACGAACUUGUGUUACAGAUCAGGUAGCAAGUUACAGAUGCUGCUACUUGGCAGUGUGAGGAAGUUACAACCCAAGUCAGUGGUGGUCAUAGAAGAAGAGCUGGUCAGAAUUGGGAAAGAGGCCUGUUUGUCCCAGGCCUCCUUUGUGGAGUUCUUCUUUGAGGCAUUGCACCAUUUCACCACGGUGUUUGAGUCCCUGUCGAGCUGUUUCAGCAGCAGUAGCAACAACAGGGCGUGCCUGAGGCUUGUGGAGAAGGAUAUGGUGGGGCCAAAGAUACAGGACUUCGUGGGGCAGUACGGGUCCGUGAGACCAGAGGCCGCCGCUGCUCCAAAGGCUUUGGAAGGGUUUACAUCUUGUGAGCUGAGUGCUUGCAAUAUUGCUCAGGCUAGGAUGCUGGUUGGGCUGUUCAACAGGAGCUUUUGGACUGCGCAUGAGAAGGGCAGGCUUCAGCUGUGCUGGAAGUCCAGACCUUUGAUCUCUGUGUCUGUCUGGACUCCUGUAUGA